GUAUGAAAAAGUGUAGAAAACGACACAUUUUUGCAGAUUUUUUGAUGAUUUGAAAUAAUUUUGUUAUCAUUUAAUGAAAUAUAAGUUUUCAAUCAAUUGAUUGUUAACUCAGAUCUCAAUUCAUUUGAGCGUUGAAUUUGGCCAUUGGUUUCGCGGAUCACUUCCUCGACAGACAAUGUCAGACACGACACUCUCGGGUCAAAUACUAGACUCACUCCAAGACUUGGAUUGUCCGCACUUCUCGGCCAUCGAAAAGGAUGUCUCACUUCUCACUCAUUUGCACACAUUUUCGGCCAUAAUCUCAUGGAUUUCCACACAAUUGCAGACAAUUAGACGCCUCGAGUCUGUCGUCAAUCCAAUCAAAGACGCCUCUGAAUCCAUGUCUUUGAAGAUUGAGUUGAAUUCAUUGCUCCGGGAAUUGAAGUCUCCAUUAAUUGAUUUGUCGUUUACCGACAAUGAGAACAAAUUAGCGAUACUUAACAGUCUUUGCGGACAUUUGAUGGCAUCGCGAAUGGAUUGCGUGAACCAGAAGUCAACGCCGAAGAAGUCGAUGACUAUAUCUCCGGCUGAGAGCCAAACCGCUAAAGAUUUGAAGUCUAUUGUAAUCACUCUCGGAAUGGGAAGACCUCCCGAUUCGGUCACUUCUGCGGCGCUUUUUAAAAGAAUUCACGAAAAACUUGUCCAACGAUUGUCUGACCAAAAGUUGGUCAUUGAAGACAGUCUUUUACUGCCCGAAGGCCUCACUCUAUCUCCAGAUCAGUGGAAGAAUUUGGAAACAAUUACUGAAGAGCUAAAGAAAGACUACACUAUAAGACGUGAAAUGCUAUUAAGGCGUUGCGAUUGCACUGUCGGCUCAUUCAAGUGGAAGUCAGACAUGAGUUCCGAUGCGACCAAAGCUAUUGAGAAACAAAUCAAUGAUAAAUAUGAGUCAGAGAGAGGAAAGUUGACGAAUACGCCGAAUGUAGUGCUGGCCAGCGCUUUGGCCGCUCGCGAGUCCGACUGCGAUAUAUUACUAAACUGUGUGGUCAGCCAUAAGACCGCCAAUUGUCUCAUACAAGUGUCAAAUACCUCUGGUUUGGCUAAUCGAGGCCUUCAACAAAGACAGCCAAUACACAAACAUAUGAUCGGUUCGGUUCCGGAUCGGGGCGGACGGCCUAACGAGCAAAUAGCUCCGCCCAAAGAGAGUUUCUCUCAGCAACAGUUCCAAAGAGAUAAUCCUCAAAGAGGUCGUGGGAGAGGCGGUAACGCUGGUGGCGGCGGUUCCCGAGGCGGCGGUGGUUAUAAUCGGGGCGCUUCUGCUCCUAAUGUAUCACAAAAUACAAGUCGAGUACAGGGCUCGGGUUGGACUCAAAACACUGGCCAAAGAUAUUCAACUAAUCCUUCGGCUAAUAGUUAUAGUUAUGCCGAUCAGAGAGGAGGAGGUUAUCAGCAAAACGAUAGACAGCAAUACUAUCAACAAAAUGACAGACAAUCACAACAACCACAACAACAACAGUACCAACAAAGGAGUGAUUCCUAUAACUCGGGUCAAUAUAGCCAACAAUCUUAUGGACAACAAUACGGCUCUCAGUAUCAAACAAAUCAAUUCUCAAACCAAUCUAACGACAGACAGUCCUAUAAUAAUAAUAAUUACGAUAACACCGGUAGUUAUUAUUCAGACAAAACUUAUUACAGCGGAGGCAAUAGAGGCCGAGGAGGCGGUGGUCGUCGCUAUUAAGCCAAUUGAAUCUACUCUUGAUUUAUAGAUUUUGAAUUGAUUUGAUAUACAUUUUGGGUAUUUUUCUUUAAAAAUUUGGGUCACUUUAGUUUAUUUAUGAG